GGAACAUCAGCCGGAGCUGGGGCCCGGGGCCACACAACAGUGUACACAGGGAGCGUUUGGAUCUGGAGACUCUCAGGGGUCCGUAUUCACUUUCCGCUGCUCCUGGUUUGAAGCGAAUGGUUUUCAAUCUCUUCGAGUGAGUUGUCGAAUCAUCGGUAAGACAUCUGUAUCCAAAUCUGCUUUGUUUUGCACUGGGGAGAGGAUGGCAGAGGGAGGUUAUGACCCCUGUGAGUGCAUCUGCUCUCAUGAGCAUGCCAUGAGGAGACUCAUCAGCCUGCUGAGACAGUCCCAGUCCUACUGUACAGACACAGAGUGCCUUCAGGAGAUGCCAGGCCCCAACUCCUCAGUAGAAGGGGACAUCACUCUACCCAUGAUCAUUAUGGGAUGGCUUGUGCUAGCUCUCGUGCUCUUUCUGAUCCGCCCAGCCAGCUUGAGGGGCCCUUCAGCCAGCAGCAAGCCCUCCGGUCCCCAUGGUAAUCAUGGCAGAGAGCCACCAGCACCUCCUGUGGACUAGAGCUUUCUCACGGAUCUUUUACUCCAGCUUCCACCUGAUCAGCUACUGUGACUAAUAUAACACGUUAGUUUCCUUAAUCAUGUGUCAGUGCUUCACAUUUCAGAUUCUUUUGUCCAAUAGGGAGGGGGGCCUGAUCUACACAGACUCUUGGAUAACAAGGUGUUUGUACAGUUUGUGUUAUAUUUCAAAAGAGAAAGUUGAGGUGAAAUUGUUAGAGACUAAAGUUUUCCGGGUUUAUAUAUCUCCGUCUUCGAUUUUUUACUUCUUACUAUAUUUUCACUAUAAAGCAUUAUUAGGUAUUUAGCAAGUGUUAAAAUGACAUAUAAGCCUGUGUAAUGACACUUGCCUAAUUGUGAUCUAGACACAAGGUUACAUAGAAAUCUGGUUUCGUUAAGAUAUUCGGGUUAUUUUUGAGUAGACUGAGGUGAAGAGGAUAAUGUUCUUGUCCUGAAGCUAUGAUGACUUCACAGACAGCUCAUUCUAAACACUGAUGUAAUUGAAACGAUUCACACAUUUAAGGCUGACCGAGAGCACUUCUUAAAGGGAUAGUUCGCCUUCAGUUGCUGGUCCCCAUUGACUUGCAUAGUGUUUUUUUUUUUUUCCAACUGAAGGUGAACUAUCCCUUUAAAUCAAAAUGUUGGGCAAUAAUGAAACGGGCGUAUUCUAGUUUUUACUUGGCUGUUAUCAUUGUAGUCAUGGCUUUGUGAAUGUUGUCAUGGUCUGGGAUCUGUUGACCACAGCUGAUCUAAAGCAGACCUCUCCCCCCCGAAGACUCGAUGACAGUCUGUUUACUCUUUAUGUGCAAAAACCACUAAAACAAUUGCUAGUACAGCCAGCUAAAUGCCAUUCUUAACAGAGUUGUUUGCAUUUGCUCAGGAAUCAUUAUGUAGCUGUACGAACUACAACACUUAACCGGUAUGAAUAGCUGUCAAGUUUCAGAAACAAUGGCUUUCAAAAUAAGCUUUGAAUUGGGUGUUGCAAUUUUGGUAAUAUUUGCAAAGAGUGAGAUUCUCUUUAGGAUAAGCUUAAAGGCAAAACUGUAGCACUUUCGUUCUGGCACCUUCACAACUGUGUAAAGAAAGCAAAGCUCCAGAAAAACACCAAAGAUAGGAUGUAAAGUCUUCAAGUGUGGUGUAACUUAAAGUUCCCGUCUCUUCAGUUCUGUGAGAAUGUUAGAAUGUCUUAAUUGGUUGGACUAAAUAUUUCUGGGUAGAUCAGUGAAGGUGGCGGUGUGGAUUUCAGGGCAUGAUGUACACUGUUCUAAUAAAACUGCUCUAUGAGAAAGGGCUUCAUCUAUGCACUUUUGGUUACUACAAAUAAAUAUGAUCAAUAGCA